GAUGUAAUUCUCUACAGGUUUAAUCGGAACUUUACGGCAACCAACGAAGAGUAACGGAAAUCCAUAUAAAACAACAGAAUGCCGUCUGCUUUCAAUCUGUUGUGUCGGGAUUAUUUAACAUGUUGUUCGUUCAUUAUUAUUCCAACUGCUAUCAACUGAAGUGCACGGCUUCACAUCUUCGUCAUUUUCCUUCUAAAACCAACGAGAAUUUUUUUGUAUUUUCCUAAUUUGACUUCCUUCCUCCUAGUGUAAGCCUGCUGUGAAAAAUCGGGAGUUUUCUUUCAAAAAGCAAAGAUGUAUUAUUUGUGAAGUUGUUAAUACUAAGAAAUGGUGAUUCAGACUGGACAAGAAUUGCUUGUGUCGUUUUGGAUUCAUUCAAACCGUAAUUAUACCAUAACGAAUUGAAUUUAUUUUAGAAUUUCCGCGAUACUCUGUACUGAAGUAGAUAUGAUUCAAGUUAAUAAAUGCAGAAAUUUAUGAUCAUGAAAAAACACUUUCUUCAGAAUUGGCGGUUGACAUAAAUAUUUACUUAGAUAUUUCUAGGACAGUCAACAACAAGGAAAAAAAAAACUAAUGUUUUCUGAGAGUAAACUAUGCACUGUAUUUAAUUCAGUUGAUAUCUAAAAUAAACAGAUUCACAGUCCUAUUGAAUAUUUAAAGUGUACUGCAGUCAGUGCCAAUAUGAGGCCAAGUGGAGGAGUAACAUGCCGUCCAAAGGACCGCAGUGGACAACGACAGAGUAUAGCGUUCCUAGAAAAAUGUGCAAAGGAAAAGGAGAAACUGCAAGAACGUCUAACAGAGGGGAUGAAACGAGACAUGCAACGCAUGUUUGAUGAAGCAAUCCACCCAGACAUUACAUUUAAUAUAGGGAACAAUGAAAUUUCUGCUCAUAAAAUCAUCCUUCAAGCCAGAGAAGGAGAUAUCUACAAUCUAUUGCUAAAUAACCUGGCAAACGAUAAUUCUACAAAUGCAAAAAAUGUCACUUACAAAGAGGUCCGUGAUUUUUUAAGGCAACUCUAUACAACGCAGUGUGCUGACACUCUUGUACAAGAGUUUCUCAGGAAACUUUCCAAUGAAAAUACUUCAGAGAACGACAUCCUUGCUGAGUCAUCGUGUGUGAAUGGUAACCCUGAGGAUAGCACAGAGUUGGAGCCGUACUCAGAACAUGCUGAAACAUCUCUUAACAAUGGCUUCCACAUUCCUAUACAGAGAGCUAAAGCAAUUCCCACCAAGAAGUCAUCUCCAUAUUUCCUGUAUAAUUAUGGAGGUGGCAGCACCAGCAGCAGUUAUAGCAGCAGUCAUGGCAGCAGUGUUACUGAAAUGUCUUGUUCUUCUGUUUUAUCUUCUUCUCUGAGCAGUGGUAACGGUAGCUUUAUUGAGCUAGCAAGACCCAGCAAGAGCUAUGGCUCGCACCAAUCUGUUGAAAAUAUCAGCCCUUCAAUAAGUCCAGAAGCCCAACGCCAACAGUUCAAUGAGAUUCGGCAAGCUUCGUUUGUCAAUUGUGAUACUGUUGUUGCACCACCAGAAGAAACAGCCAAAGAUGUACAAGAACCCACCUCAGAAACUAUUACAAGUAGUUUAUUAGCCUGUCAGCGGCUUCCAGAUUUGAUUACAACGUCGACCAGUCUGCCACAUGAGGCCUGUUGUAAACUUGGUAGUCAGUUAUUACGGAUGCUUUUACAGGGAACUACAACAAACUGUGUUUUAACAGCACGUACCCAAGACUUUCGCAGUCACAAGUGUAUUUUAGCAAGCAGAUCAAAAUAUUUCUAUUCUAUGUUUAAUGGAUCAUGGGCAGAGACAGAUGCUGAGAAAUUACAUUUAGAGAGUAUCAGUUCAGUUGUUUUGGAACAAUUACUACUUUUUCUAUAUGGUGGUGUUGUUGAUCUCAUUGAUAAUUGCGAUGUGGUAGAACUGCUGGUAAUCGCAGAUAUGUAUGCCAUCGAUGGACUCAAAGAUGUUGUCUGCUUUAAUUUGCGAUAUGAAAAGUGUCACUUCUUUCAUAAGCCAUGUCCUGGUUGCAUUGCUGGAGUUCCAGAGGUGUUUGUCUUGUCAAAGAUGUAUAACAUGGCUGAUUUGUAUGAACGUUGCCUUAAGUGGAUCAACAAAAACUUCAGCAAAGUAUGGCCAACCAAGUCCUUUUCUAUGAUGCAUGACAACCUCAUGAAUGCGUGCUGUCAGAGAGCAAUCAAAGAUAUGACCUGUGAGAAUGUUCUUGAAGUCAUAAUGGAGUGCCAGAAAAUAUCCAGCUGUUUACCCCGCCUCAAGUGGUCAGAACCAGUUCUUAAUGUUGUUACUCAGUUGAUGGAUGCUGCUAUUGAAUUUAUUGGUCAACAUUUUACUAGUGUUAUUGCUAGUAAGCAUUUCAUGUCACUAGAUCAGAUAAUGGCAUGGAGUAUGUCUCUUUUGGAUGAAGUAUUUACUAUGGUUAUAAAAUCUCUGCCCAUGGAGAAAGCUUGUCAGACUUACCUGUCUUUGAGCAGACUUGUUGCUCAUGCUGAAGACCCAAACUGUGUUUGGACUGAGGAUUUUAUCACAUUUAUCCAAUCAUUAUUUAAGAAGAGUGAAGAUUAUUUAAAGCUACAUAUUCACCAGGUGGCGCACUGUAAAGAUUGGGAUUUACUCACAGAUGACAUGCAAAAGAAGAUCAUGACAUCUGCAUACUAUGUAUGUAUUGACAACAGCAAUCGAGGUAAGAUGCCACCUAAACUGACCAGUAUGCAGAAGAGAAGAACGGGAGCUGAAAUGAUAAAAAUGUUAAAAGAGGAUGGAACCUAUAUGUUGCCUGGGUCAGAAAAUGUAUCAACUACAAAGGGUUCCCCUAAAAGCCAGAAAUCCAUCAAAAGUACAGUUGCUCAGUCAGGGUCGCCAACACAGUCUCGAAUUCCUACCCCUCGUGGUUCACCUGCAAAAGGUAGAGAGCCCAGUAAAAUUCCUGGACUCAGUGACAGCCACAGAAAAGGAAGGCCUUCAAAAGUACCAACAAAAAUAACCAUAGCUCCAACUACAGAUCCGGAAGAUGAAGUACUUACAGUGUCUAUAGUGGAUGGGACAGUUACAGAAGAUGAGAAUCCUAAAUGGCCUAUAGCUAAUCGGAAGCAAAAUAUAAAUCUACUCAAGAGAAACAAUAGUUUUGGUGAACUUGUCACAGAAGAAGCUAAAAUGUUACAGCUAAAAAUGAGGAGCAAUUCCAUUGGCCUAAUGGAAGAAAAAAUCCUGCGAAAAGUUAGGACUUGUUAUUCUUAUUUCACUUGUCUAACUAGCAAUACUUGUAUAGACAUUAUUCCUAUUUUUAAAGUUAAUUUUCACAAACCAGUAAGUUUUUAAAUUUGAGACUUGUAAAGGUUUCAUGAGAUUUAAAUUAAUAUCUUUCUUAUGAUAUGAAACAGCAAAGAUGUUGACAAAAGAAGAAAAGAAAAAAAAUUUGCAUCAUUUACCAUAUUUUCUGAACUAGCUUUUGAUAUGAAAUAUUUCUUUGUGAACAAGAUAACACACUAUGCAUCUGUUCUAGCAUUUCCAGAUCUAAACAGCAGCUUUUUUUUUUUGUCAAUCUGCAGCUUUGCAUAUCUGAUAUUAAUCAUGUUAAAUUUCUGAUCAGUUGAAGACACUAAUUAAUGUGUAGUCAAAUAUACAUUCAAUACUUGCUAAGACAAAUGAUUAAUUUAACUAAGCUUGCCAUUGUCUUACAUAAUAAUCCACAGUGUCAGCUGUAUCAGCUGAGAUGUUCAGAACUGCUCAUGCAUAAUAAGCUCCCUUUAUAUGGUCAUGCAGAAAUACUCUUGUGUUGUAAACCAAUAUAGUCAGACAUAAUUUUUUCUUUAAUUCUUAUUAUUUGUCUUCCAAAUAUCAACUUUUUUAUUUUUAUUUGUCUAGUUAUUCAUGAAUGGAAUCUGUCAUCAUUUUCAUUUCAUUUUUCAAUUUCUCUCUCUCUCUAUAUAUAAACAUUAUUUAUAAAACUCCUUUGUAAUUAGAUAUUAAUUUGUGUAUGUUGUUUUGACAAUAGCUGAAAUAGAUUUUACAUUCCUUUAAUAGACAUAGAACAUUUAUCAAUGACACUCUCUUAGGUGCUCGCAGUAAAUAAGUAAAAAUUGCAGGAAAUUACUUUGGUGACAAAAUAUGAAAUAAUUAUUUUUAUAUGCCAUUAUUUUAAUUUCCCUGAAAUUGUUUUCAGUCUUGAAUAUUUUCUCUGCAUCAUACAACAACUAGUGUGAUGAUUUAUAAGAUCAUGUUAUUAUUCAUAACAUGUUAAACUGUACCUUUUCUUUAAGAUGAAUUUGUACUUUGUAUAUAGUUUAAGAAAAAUUAAAGCUAUUUAGUUUUCUCUUGAGAAAUGAUAUAUAUCUAUCAGUUUAAAAAGUACAGUGCCCUAAUAGAAGAAAAAAACAGAAGUGGGCUUGAAUCUACUUAAAAUACUAUAACUUUUUAACAACUUUUUAUGAAAACCCAAUCAUAAAACAAAGCUCAAUGAGGAUACUAAAAUUGCAAGAAAUUUGAAAUCUUAGAAAGUUUUAAAUUUUCAAGUAUAUUAGAGAAAUUUCAGAAGUUAUUUUCUAUUGUAGUAAUUAACUUUUAACUCCAUAAGCCAACAGCUGGAACUACCACAAUAAGAUUUUUCUAGAUAUGUUUCAAUUCAAAAACCUUUGUGCCUGAAAACUCAGUGUGAUGUAUGAUAUGUAUACAUACAUGUAUAUGUAUAUACAUAAGUUAAUGGAGGUUUUAGGAAAUUAAACAUUAUUCCAAGUGCCAGAACCCUAAUCUUGCCUCAUAAUUUCUGAUCUAGAGUAGAUCACUGCAAUAUAAACAAGGAAAAGAUUGGCUACAAAGUGCAAGUAGAAUGAAAUACCUUACCCAAGGGCACAUCAUAAAUUUAUCAUUUAUAAACUGAAAUUUUGGCAUAAUCUCUAACGAAAAAUCACACUGACACAUCUAUUCUAUGAAAAUAGUUAACACGUUCUUGAGUUACUCUUUUCAGAUGAAGAAUGGGUUUUCUAAGAGGUCACUAUUGUUGAAAAUAUAUCAUGAGAUAAACAAUUGGAAGAAAACGGUUACUAACUAAAAAAAAUAAUAAAUAAAAUAAAAAGAUACUGAUUUAUGUUUGCAGAAAUUUGGAAGCUACUGAUAAUUAACAGCUAUAAAGAAAAUGUUCCUCUGACCAUCUGCAAUUAUUUAAUUAUAAUUUUUUUUUAAAUUUUAAAAAGUUCAUCUUAUGCCAGAAGUUUAGCAUUGCAGACUUCUGUCAGUGCCUUAGAAUGUUACAAUUUUUAACUAAACACUUAAAAA